GAGAGAGAGAGAGAGAGAGAGAGAGAGAGGGGGAGAGAGGGAGAGACUGUGUGUGCCGAGCGAGUGGAAACUGCGGAGCCAGCGAGUUGAUCCUGAAAUAUGACACUGAAAGGACGAGGUGGUCCUUGGAGGGAUGGUGAUUCGGGGGUGAGUCGCGGGAAAGAGGAUCGGCUCGAGGAUCUUUGCGGGAUCGACGAGAUUCCGCGAUAAUUGCUGGACGCUCCCCAGCUGCCGGCUAGUCGGUCCACCCGGGAGCUUCUUCGGCGUUUCCUACCCUCCCCGUUGAUCAGCCUCACAGGACGAUCUCGCCGGCCGCGGAGGAGGAAGGAUGAGGACGAGGAAGAGGAGCGUCUCGCGAGGACUCGCCGGCCGACGCGGCUUCGAGUUGGCGAUCGAACGUCGGGCUGCGCGUUGAUCCUGCCGCGAGAUCGCUGGGAUCCUCGUCGCCCGGAGGUUGCGAGGGUAGGCCGUGGGGGAUUUUCUAUUUGGGGCCGACGGCGUCCUCCUGUGGGGACGAUCGAAGUCCUCCGCAGGCGAUGGUCCUGCUGGCGGAAGCUGCCGCGGCUCCUGCAGCCGUGUCCUCGCGGCUCCUCCUUCGGGGCCCGAUCACGCAUGGUCUCGCAUGGUGAACCAGUCGCGACCUCGGCGGAGGUCGCGGGGCAAGGAGCGCGGGAGGGUGGGGGGAACUCUCUAAUCAGCCGGUGCGCUGCGGUAAUUAAUCUCCGCGCUAAUUAAAUAACGAUACGCGCCGCGGUAGGAGCUCAUUAAGUGGCGGGUGACCGCGAGACGCUGGCUGGGAGACGAGGUGGCAAAAUCGGCUCAGGCCCGAAUCCGCUCGAGGCCCCGGCGCGGCGAGAUGAUGAGGAAGCCGACGAGGACGCGAAGGUUCGCGUGCCGUCGGACACACCGCAGGCAUAUCGAGCGCUGCCGCCGAACCUGACCAAGUGAGGAGGAAAAAAAAGUACGCGGCUUACGUUCGCGAGUACGCGUCUGCGUGAUCGCAGCCGACGGUGCUCCCGAAUCCCUGCGAGUCCUCGCCGACGGUGAUUCGCGCGAAACAGCGUCUCCCUCACGUUCGUCCUUUCCGUCCGGUCGCGCGCGAUUCGCGACGUGCGGCCGCGGGGGAGCACGUUGCAUCCGAGAGGCGUGAGAGAUCGGCGAGAUCGGUCCGACGAAGGAGGUGGGACGUGACCGGUCGACCACCGUCGACGUGUGUGCGAGUCGCAGGUGGCCCGCAGGAUCGGCGUCGAGCAGAUCGACGUCGUCCUUACGACAAAGGCACGCGCGAAGGAGGUAUGUUUAUCGGAGGCGACGUGAAGUGUGCUCGUGUUGAAGAAGAAUAGUGGCCGGGAGACGCGACGUAAGGGGGGGGGGAAUGUUACGGCACGCUGAGACGAUGAUGAUGUCUGCUCGACGCGAUGACCGUCGAUCAAGGACUCGAUUGUCCAUAAAGACGGGCUUUCAUGCGCGGUGUCGAGAAAUCGCGAAUGACAUUUUACAGGAGUGAUGGCUAUUUCGGGCCGGACGUGCGGCUGUGCUGCGCUCACAAGACGCUCUUUGCCAAUGUUUCAUCGCUGCUGCUGCAGAUUCGAGUUUGCGCAACUCGCAAAGGCGCGUGCAAACGCCGGAAAGCGAAGGGGCAGCGGGACGUGAAGCUUCCUCAUUCGCACGGCUCUCGUCGCGAGCAUAACUGAACGUUCCUAUUGCGCCCGAUGCACGUUACAUUAAGCUCAAGGUGAUAUGGAAGCAGAAGUCGAAGUGGAUGAUGAGUUGUCGGAGGCCGCCGACAUGGAAGCGAAUCACAACAACAACAUCGAGAGCUUCGAGACCAUGAAGAUCUCGACGAAGCCGAUGUCCUCGCGGGCCCCGGAGAAGGACGAGUGUCCCCUGGUGCGCUCGUCCAAUCCCCAGGAAUCGCAACACGCGGCCGAUCCCGCCGGUAACAGUCCGGGAACACUGAAAACGUCCGCGCUACCAGAAUCAAAAGUAGUUCCCCUAAGUACAAGCACAAAGACUGACGUGAAGGAGGGCGAGAUCGCCAGGCUAUGCAGGAGCAAGAGGGUCAGCUGCCAGGACACCAUACAUGAGUACGACGAGGACGACAGCCUUACCAUGGACAGGGUCGGCAGGUACCUGGAGACCCACCCUGCUCUGGUAGAGAUGUGGCUGCGGAAGAACGCGAGUUCCCAGCUGCGACAACGAUUGCAGAGCAUAUGUAGUAGUAUGCAGCAGCAGACGCAGACGAGGACGCCGAGCACGUCGAGCGUGCGUCAGGAGGAGAGCCUCCUCGGACGCGGCAAACGCAACAGCGUCACGUCCGAUCUCUUCCAAACCUGGCUGGCCUCGAGUUCACCUGCCAAGCGUAGCAAGAGUCCCAACAGGACUCACAGCUCGCUGAUGGGUCGUCGUGAAGAGCUCGGCAGACUGGAUGAGAGCGACCUGUUCAUGGAGCUGAUCAGGGACGUGGCGAACGAGCUUGACAUCAACGUGCUCUGCCACAAGAUCCUGGUGAACGUCGGCCUACUCACGCACGCCGAUCGCGGCAGCCUGUUCCUGGCGAAAGGUCCCUUGGAGGACCGGUACCUAGUGGCGAAGCUGUUCGACGUCACGCAGGACACCGAACUCGAGGAGGCCGUACAACGGGCUAAGAACGAGGAGAUUAAGAUACCGUUCGGGGUCGGUAUCGCCGGUUAUGUGGCGCAAACUAAGGAAAUUAUCAACAUCAAGGACGCUUACAAGGAUCCGAGGUUCAACAGCGCGAUCGACAUGCGGACCGGCUACAAGACGACGUUGAUCCUGUCGAUGCCCAUCUGCAACUACGAGGGCGACGUCAUCGGGGUCGCUCAGAUCAUCAACAAGACGAACGGUAGCAACGAAUUCACCGAGAGGGACGUCGAGGUGUUUCAAAGAUACCUCACCUUUUGCGGCAUCGGGAUACAGAACGCACAAUUGUUCGAGCUGUCGGUGCAGGAGUACAGGCGCAAUCAGAUACUCCUCAACCUGGCGCGGAACAUAUUCGAGGAGCAGAACAAUCUCGAGUGCCUCGUCACGAAGAUCAUGACCGAGGCGAAGGAGUUGCUCAAGUGCGAGAGAUGCGCCGUUUAUCUGCUGGAUUUGGACUGCGGCGAGGCAGGCCAUCUCGAGAAAAUCGUCGAGCGGCCCGGGAAAUCGGUGCAAGAGAGCAGAAAGCCGCUGUCGAGGCGAGAGGCGGCUCAGAGCAACAACAUCGACAUGGAGGACAUUAUAAAACAGCACGCGUCCACCGACGGCAAUAAAUUCACCAUGGUCUUCGAGAUGGAGAACGAGACGCAGGAAGCUCGAAUCUAUCGACCAAGCACGAGCGACCUGUCGAGUUCGUUGGGACAGAUCGCGAGGUACGUAGCCGUGACCGGGCAGAUCCUCAACAUCGGCGACGUCACGACGUGGCUGAAGAAGGACGUGAUGGCGAACGGGAGAGAGCCGAUCAGGAGUAUCCUGUGCAUGCCGAUCGUCAACGGCCAGAGGAUCGUGAUCGGGGUGGCUCAGUUGAUCAACAAGGACAACGGCACGUCGUUCACCGACUCGGACGUCUCGAUAUUCGAGGCGUUCGCCAUCUUCUGCGGCCUCGGCAUCCACAACACGCAGAUGUACGAGUCCGCCUGCAAGCUGAUGGCGAAGCAGAAGGUGGCCCUCGAGUGCCUCAGCUACCAUGCGACCGCCAACAACGAGGACGCCCUGAGGCUGACCUCCGACUCCAUACCAUCCGCGGAGACGUUCAAUCUCUACAGUUUCACCUUCAUCGACUUUGAUCUCACCGACGACGACACGUGUCGCGCCACCAUCAGGAUGUUCAAGCAAUGCGAUCUGAUACAGAAGUUUCACAUACCGUACGACGUCCUGUGCAGGUGGAUUCUCAGUGUGAAGAAGAACUACAGACCAGUAAAGUACCACAACUGGAGGCAUGCGCUGAACGUCGCGCAAACGAUGUUCGCGAUGCUGAAAACCGGCAGAAUGGAGCAAUUCAUGACCGACCUAGAGAUCCUGGGACUGCUGGUGGCGUGUCUCUGUCACGACCUGGACCACCGCGGCACCAACAACGCCUUCCAAACGAAAACGGAAUCACCCUUGGCGAUCCUCUACUCAACGAGCACGAUGGAGCACCAUCACUUCGACCAAUGCGUCAUGAUCCUGAAUUCCGACAGCAACAACAUCUUCCAGAGCCUCUCUAUGGAGGACUACAGGCGGGUGAUGAAAGUCGUGGAGAGCGCCAUCCUGUCGACCGACCUGGCGAUGUACUUCAAGAAGAGGAAUCGCUUUAUGGAGGUGAUCGACGAGGGCGAAUUCGACUGGCAGAGCGAAGAGAAGAAGGAAUUACUAUGCGGCAUGAUGAUGACGGCCUGCGACGUGAGCGCUAUAGCGAAGCCCUGGGAGGUGCAGCAUCGCGUGGCGAAGCUGGUGGCCGACGAGUUCUUCGACCAAGGUGACCUGGAGCGGUUGCAGCUGAACCAGCAGCCGGUGGCGAUGAUGGACCGCGAGAGGCGGGAUGAGCUGCCGCAGAUGCAGGUCGGCUUCAUCGACGUCAUCUGCUUGCCACUCUACAAGGUCAUGUCGGAGACGUUCCCGUGGAUACUGCCGCUGUACGAGGGCACGAUGGACAACAGGAAGCACUGGCAGGAUCUCGCGGAGAAGGUCGAGAUGGGACUCACGUGGAUCGACCGCGACACGAUCGAGGAGCCGGUGGAGGAGUUCGUCUCCUACGAGCCCAAGGACAUCGAGUUCACGGUCACGACCUUGAACUGCACCCACGCCGAGAAGAAGGAGGUGCAGCCGGACAAGUCGACGCUCGGCAGGUUCGCCUCGCUGAGGAAAGGCGGCCGCACGUUGAGCAAGGGUGUCCGCCACCGCAUCAGCAGGUCGCUCUACGCCCGCAGCAGCUCCGAGGACGCCGGCAAGUCGAAAGCGUUGCUGCCGGAACGGAAGAAUCGGAACAAGCUGUGCCUGCUCAUUUGACGGCUAACCUCGACGACGCUCGAGAGCAUACCGGAGUGAUGGCUACACACAACGUGGCGAUACUUGGAAACGAGUAUUUAGUUGCACUCGUCGCGGCUUCCAGGUCAUGGGCGACAGGCAGCCUUUAACGUUAGAAUCGCCUGGGAAGUUGCACGGGCGAAGGAACCGCGGCUAUCAACGUGGAACACGAGGGUGAACCUUUAGGGUGAACCUAGAAGUCGCUCUUACGACGAUAGCAGGCGAUAGCAGCAGGCAGGUGAAAGCGUGACCGGCAGGAGGCAUCGCCGUCGUCUGCUUGGUUAACGCGCUAGACGGAGGAUCGUUGUCGGGAGAUACCACAAUGAUCCCUGAUAGAUCGUCCAAGGAGGACUAUUCAAAGUGUUCUUUGCAGAAGCGGAGUACUUACGGGAAAUGAAUCCUUAUCAAGAACUCUCUGGGAGGAGAGAGAUGAUGGAGGAAAGUAU